GGCCUAGCCACGGUCGACUGUACGGCCGGCGACCGGCGGGGAUUGUCCCGGCGGGGCGUAGGGUGGGCAGCGCCGGUGGAUGCAGCAUGCCGCGGAUAGGAGUUACCCGCCCAGGGAUGCCGCCGUGCGUGCGUCCAACCCUCCUGGGUACCCGAGCUUCGGCGCAUUUGGGUCUUGGGGAGGGAGUCAAGUGGGGAGAGCGGGGUUUUCGGCGGGGGCAGUGUGCCGCCAGACGGCAGUGCCGCGUGUGGCAAAACUCCGCCGCUGGGCCGAGCGCCAGAGUGCGCGCGGCCGCCGGAUGGGGACUUGAGGAGUAGGCUCACCCGUCAGUCCUGGCUUCGAAGGCCGUUGCUGUAACGGCGGAUCCGUGGCUCCUAUCAGAAUUCAAGUAUCAGUAAGCAAUAGACCUCCUGAAGCACUUCAAAGUGCAAGCCAUCAUCGGGCCAAAGACAUUAAUGCAGGCGAGGUUCAUAAUUGGCAUCAGCAACAAGACGAAUGCAACCAUCUUGUCUUAUUCAGCCACUAGUCCCUACUUAUCAGCUAACCAGUCUAAGUACUUUGUUCGCACGGCCCUGGAUGUGCCUCUCAAGUCCCUGCAAUAGCUUCUCUGAUUCAAUACUUCAACUGGCGCCAAGUCGUACUUAUCUAUGAGGACUCUGACUUUGGUAGAGGCAUUAUACCCUAUCUUGUGGAUGCUCUCCAGGACGCUGAUGCAGAUAUCCCAUACCGAAGCAUCAUCCCUUCUGUUCCUACUGAUGAUCAGAUAAAGGUGGAGCUUAACAAGCUGAAGACUAUGCAAACACGAGUCUUCGUCAUCCAUAUGUCAUCGGACAUUGCAGCACGCCUCUUUGUCCUUGCCCAUGAUGCUGAGAUGUUUGCUGAUGGUUAUGCCUGGAUUGUGACUGACAGUGUAGGCAACAUGUUUAGCACCUUUGAUCAGAACACGGUCAAUUCAAUGCAGGGUGUUCUUGGUGUGAGGCCUUACGUUCCACAAUCAGACAAGCUCCUCAACUUCCCUGCUCGAUUUCUUUCACGGUACAGACAACAGAAUCUAGGUGCACCUGACCCAGCUAAUCCAAAUGUUUUCCAUCUGUGGGCAUACGACACAGCAUGGGCAAUCGCGACAGGCCUAAGGAAGGUUGGACCCCUUACACUGGGCUUCAAAAUGCCAUCAUCACAGAAGAGCAACAACUCAAAUGAUCUGAGUAUGCUUGGUGUGUCACAAGAUGGGCCAGGACUUAUUGAUGCCAUUUGAGCCACCAGGUUCCAAGGCAUAUCAGGUGAAUUUGCUCUAGUUCAUGGCCAGAGGCAGGCAUCAGCAUUCGAGAUAUUUAAUGUGAUUGGUAAUUCAUAUCAAGGUGCUGGGUUCUGGACACCCAAGUUUGGUCUAAGCAAGAAAUUUGUUACCUCUUUUGGUCCAAGUGACACUGUUGGAUUGAAUACAGUGAUUUGGCCUGGUGUUUCAGCACAACCUCCUAGAGGUUGGGAAUGACCAGUGGCUGGAAAGAAGUUGAAGAUCGCUGUGCCAGUAAAGCCUUCUCGUAACCCCUUUGUGGAUGUCAAGAAAAAUUUGGCUACUGGGAAAUUCGACGUGACUGGAUCUUGUAUAGAUAUCUUUGAAGCUGUUGCGCAGGAGAUGCCGUACGCUGUCCCCUAUGAGUAUGUUCCUGUUGUGGACCCUAACAUAGCCACCAACUUGACCAUAUCAUACAGUGAGAUAUGUUACCAGAUUUCCUUGAAGAAAUAUGAUGCGAUGGUUGGGGACACAACAAUAACCAUCAAUCGCUCAUCGUACGUGGACUUUACAUUACCUUACACUGAAUCCGGAGUGCAGAUGGUUGUUCCCAUGAAGAAGAACUGGAACUCAAGCUUGUGGGUUUUUUUGAAGCCUAUCGAACCAAUCCUGUGGGCAGCCUUCUUGUCUGUUUUUAUAUUCACAGGUUUUGUCAUAUGGCUUGUUGAGCACAAGGAAAGCAGAGAUUUUGGUGGGGGCGCUGGGAAGCAGUUUGUUAACAUUGCUUAUUUCUGCUUUCAGGCACUUCUAGUGGUUCCAAAGGACCCAAAACUGAAGAAAUGGUUAUCAAAAUUUGCGCUAAUAAACUUGGUAUUGCUGGUUUGGUUGUUGGAGAAACUCUAUAGUGCAAGCUUGACCUCCAUGAUGACUGCACAACAACUCCAGCCAAUGGUGUUUGACUUGAAUCAACUUCUUAGUAAUGGAGAUUAUAUUGGUUACCAGGGAGGGUCUUUUGUCAAGGAUUUCCUGAAGAGCCGUAAAGUGGAGGAGCACAAAAUUAUAAAUUACAGUACUCCUGAUCAGUAUGCUGAGGCUCUGAUGAAAGGGAGUUGGAAUGGCGGUGUUGCAGCAGUAUUUGACGAGAUACCAUGCCUCAAGCUGUUUAUGUCCAAACACUGCAGGAACCACGUUGGUCCUGUUUACAAGACUGGUGGAUUUGGCUUUGUAAUUUUUUUUUUCGUUCUGAUUCAUCAGUUUCUAUCCUGACUUCUGCCUCUCCUCACAAAUGCAUGUCAUUUUGGAAGUUUAAAGACAGCUGAACUUAACCCAACACUCUUGUAGCUUUAACACAUUGAAACCGACAAUGUCCAAAACAAGCCUUUUGUGACCGUGGCUGGCGGAAUAUUUGAAUUAGUGGCUUUGUGUAGUGGUCGGGCAGGAGCACUUACGACCAUCACCAAUGUUUGACAAGCAGAUCUAUUUUCCUGCGUGUCAUGUUUGCAUUUUAACGUUUUAAAUUAAUCUUAUUAUUAUGGUGGCUUUGGCAACUGACAGGUCUUCCCCAAGGGCUCUCCGCUCGUUGCAGAUGUGUCAAGGGAAGGAGACAAGAUUACCGACAUUGAGCGAAAGUGGUUCGGAGACAUGGUCUGCAACAGCCAGGCAAAUGCCAUAGAGUCAGCCUCUGUUGUUACCUGGAGCAGUUUAAGAGGAGUGUUCUUCAUAACCAUUGGUCUGUGGGCCGUUGCGGGGAUCAUCUACGCAGUACUGUGGUUCCGACCGAGGCAAGAAGAAGAGCAAGUUCGAGAAGUAGUCGCUGAACUUGCUAUUGAGCAUGUCCAUGGCAACGGAGAUGAGAGUAUCAUUUGGCGCAUCGGCAGAGAUAACCAUCUGGUUAUUCAGUUGCGUGGUAAUCCACCGCCACCUGCAGAUGCAGGACCUGAAGUGGGAGGGCACAGCCAGAAGCAGGACAUGACGGCGUGGAGCCACCGCCUGAUGUCCCAAAUGCUGGAGGAGCAGAGGAGCAGGUGCACUCCGUGGAGCUCCCGUUGCUCCCCGCUGCAUCAGGAAAUGAUGAGCACUGCGAACA